CCCAUGUACACAAGAUGCAAAAUAAUUAUAAUAAUAAUAAUAAGCUGAGCAUUUCCCAAGUGCGUAAUUAUGAAAAAGAAAAUGCCAGUUGAUGAUGUCUCAUUAUUUUAGGAUGUCAAAGGGCACUUUUUCUUUUCGAUGGACUACAUAGUUCUGUUGAACUCGGCCGAGAUAAGAUAUUUUUUCAUGCUCCCAUGAAGCGUGAAUAUGUUACUCUUGUAAAAUGAAACAUAAUGAAAGUUAAUCUUUUUCAAACAGUUUUUCUGGCAUUUCUAGUAAACAUUUGAUCAAAUAACUUUUGGUUCAUGUUACUAUAAGACGAUUAGUCCCAUGACCAUGUUUCCGUCGUUUGCCAAUUUGGCAAUAUGAAGCAGAAUUUCAGAUAAUGCUUAAUGUAUCAAUACAGUGUGAUGUCUGUUUGCUCGCUUGUCAUCUCGCACAGGACCUGUAACUCUGUGCAAACGUCUUCAAGAGGGAACUGUCAUAGCAAAUGUCAGAUAGACGAUUGAAUGAUUUGGUGAACCAGAAACGGAUAUAUUUUUAACCUUCAUUUAUUUCAUAAGUUUUGCGAGUGGUCAAGCAAGAUCUGCUUACAUGUUUCAAAUCAAAAAACGUUUUAUCAUUCAAGACGGAAAGCGAGUAAAGUUUCAACUUUAUAAGGCUGCGAUGAUUAAAAAAAUGUAAAGUUUGAAGUCAAAAUAUUUGGAACCUUUUCGGUGACUUAACCAGGAUUUUAAAAAUUUAAGGACAACAUGGUAAAAUUGAUAUAUUGGUCACAGUAGAACAUUCCAGGUAUAGUAGAAUUGUUUGCCAGAAAAGCCAUCAUGGCUUUCACGAAUGAGUCUGAAUCAAUUUUCGCUAACACAACGUUUAAAGGGGAUCCCAAACCACUGCUUGAAGCAUUCGACUACAUCAAGAUUUUUAUUACUGUUGGUAUCAUCGUUGGAAACAGUCUGGUUAUUUACGUUAUAAUGGCUGUGAGAUCUCUGCGAGAGCACGCCUCGCCAAACUGGUACAUCUUGUCUCCGGGAAUAGCAGAUCUGUUGGUCGGGCUCGUAAACAAUCCAGGCUAUUACAUCUGCCUUCGAGUAUCGUGCAGUCUAUUGGUAAAAAAGGUUUGGCUUCAUUGUGCCAACUUCACUUUUCUCGCGUCUUCGUAUAAUCUCUGUGCUCUGACUUUGGAUCGUUAUAUGGCUGUUAUACAUCCGUUUCGCCAUCAUGCCUUUAUGACACCAGCUCGUUGUAUCAGCGUGAUUGUAACAGCCUGGGUAGCAAGUCUUUUGCUUCAACUCAUUGGAUUCAUAGUUUCCUUAGACAACGAUCCCUUAGCAAACUACAUUGAUACAAUCAUCUAUGUCAUACUUGCGAACACAAUCCCGAGUGUAUUCGUUAUUUUCUCAUACGUAAGGAUACUAAUACAAGUCAGAAGACAUAAGAAGCAAAUUGAGACUCAUGAAAUGCAGUUAGCGGCGAACAGCCACGAGAUAAUCCAGAGAGAAAAAUCUACCAAAAGAAUCGGAAAUCGUGUCCGAACAUCAUGGGCAACGGUCGGGAUAGUAGUUCUGGUAUUUGUGACUUCGAAUGCGUUUGUCCAGUACUGGUUCAUUUGUACACUGUCUGGAUCUUGCUCGACUUCACCAGCAUUUAUAAAAUUUCUUGUGGCUGGCAGGUAUAUUAACUCGUGUGUAAACUUUUUCGUUUAUGUUAUUAUGAAGGAGGACUUUCGCUGUGGCAUUAGGAAGAUGAUGUCGUGUAAACGUGAAAACUAAUCAACAGUGAAACGGUUCUAUAACCAAACAAAACAACCAUUAGGUUUCCAUAAGCAAAAGUUAGUCGUUGUUAAAUUAGAGUGGCGGUACCGAGAGCCAUCAAAAGCAAAACCCUAAGGCCAUACUUUGUUAAGAAUAAACGUUUUUGUUUUCGAUUUUACUAUUCAUGAUGCGCAGGAAAUUUGAAGUUUGCCUAGUUCAAGUUGUAAUUCUGUCCCGCGCACAGAACAAUUUUCUAACGACGGAAGAGUCACACAGUCUAUUUCCAGUCUAUCACCCGUGCUUUUCAUACAGCCAUAGACAACUGUUUCGUCCUGGUUAUGGCUAGUCAGUUUGGCAUUGCUGGGUUAAUUCAGUUAUUAAACUAUGACCUUCGGCGACUGCGACAGUGUAUUAAAUGGGCAGAGACUAAGCAUUUUUUAUUUUUAUUAUUUUGCAAUCUGUCACUUAAAACCAUUAUUUUACAGUACCAAAUGUCCGCGUUAUUGUAUCUGCUGAUUUUCAAAGAAGUAGUAAAUUUCAAUCUAGUACAAUCCUGUUUAUAAUAUUUUUUUUAUGGAUUAGAAAAGAGAAGUCAUUAAGGAAAGCAGCUUGAAAUAAAUGAUCACUCUAGAGGAGGGGAGGAGCCAAAUGCGAUUAUUA